CAACAAUGACUUUUAAAUACAAAGUUUGGUUAAGCUAUGUAAUAAUUUUAAUAAUCUAAAUCUUGGAAGUUGGAGGUAAAUUAAAAUGUUAAUUUUAGGAAGCAACCUCAUAAUGUCAACGACAUGUUUAUUAUUGAUUUUUGUUGCUUUAACAUCCGCGGGAAAGGACGGUUUAAAAUCUGAAAAUGAUACAGAAGAUGUGAGUGCGGUCAAUGAUAAACAAACGAAGAGAGAUACUAAACAGAAACACGCCGAAUUACUUCAAGUUCCUCGAGAUGCGUCAUACUUCUUCGAUGAUCUUGAACCUUUCAAUGAUAAUACCAAUGUAAAAGACAAUAAACAGGAUGAAGUAAGACCAGUUCGUGCAAUCCUUCCACAGGUAAAGAACAGUGGAAAGAAGGAAAUGAUAGAUGCUGAAGAGGAGGAAGAGGAUGAUAAAGUGGAAGAAGAGGAGAAAAGUGAAGGAGAUUAUCAAGAGGAUGAAGACAUAGAGCCUGAUUGCCUGCCCACCACAGAAUCUUGUACUUCUUCUACUGAGUGUACAACUCCCAGCACAGAAUGUUCCACCACUAAGCAUCAGUGCACUACUACAUGUAGAACAACAACCCCCUCAAAGUGUACAACUACCCCCUCGUGGAAGUGUAUGAAAACUGAAGAGACCCACGUGUGUUCUAAAAGCUGUGCUAAAGGGAAUCAUAAGCAAGCUCGUUAUCCGCUACCUGAGAAAACCAAAAGCUGGGAUUCAGAAGGAAAAAGGACAAAGAAAAAAUUCCAUACAAAAAUCAACCAUGAUAAUAAUAAUUAAAUUUUAAC